AUGUCAGUUGCGGGAAGGGAGGUUAUACGGUAUACUUGGUUUUGCGCCGCCAGAACUUCUGGGUUUGCACCGAGUGCGAGUGGUUUUGCGACUGCUUCUGCGCCGCUCCUUGCAUCUCCGCACCGCAUCUGCCUAUGCGACCUGGUCACCUGCUUGCAUCUGCUUCUGCGGCGAUUGCUUCUUUAUGACUAUUCGGGAUAUGGAGCAUCCACUGGUAAGCCAUCUGAGUUCAACACAUACUAUGACAUAGAAGCCGUGUACAAUUGUUUGAAGAGCGACUAUGAAAUUAGACAGGAGGAUUUGAUAGUGUAUGGCCAAUCUGUUGGAAGCGGACCAACACUGCACUUGGCUUCUCAAUUGAAAAAACUCAGAGCCGUUGUUCUUCACAGUGCCAUCCUUUCAGGCAUACGAGUCUUGUAUCCUGUCAGGUUGACAUUUUGGUUCGACAUUUUCAAAAAUAUAGAUAAAAUACGGCAUGUCAGCUGUCCGGUUUUAGUUAUUCAUGUAAGUACCUAUUUCCUUCAUUCAUUUGAAACUAUUUUGUUUGAGUAUCAUUCUUUUAGAAUUCAAAGAGUUUGUGCUGUGGUUCUAAUGUCGUUAAUCUUCCCGCCCCUGCCUAGUACAUCUUGUCUGAUUUCUCUCAUUUUGAGUCUGCACCAUUUGUUGUUUUCAGUUUGUUAAUCUAUGGUUUGAAACCGUUUGAAACCGCACCGAAACCGUUUGAAACCGCACCGAACCGAACCAAACGGUUUGGUUUCAUUUCGGUUUUGGCUUCAAAACCGCACCGCACCGCACCGCAAAAAGUUUCGA